ACUGAAAAUACCUUAUUAGGAUUAAUCAAAGAUAAUAUUGAACAAGGAUCAAUUAUUUAUUCAGACUGUUUUAAAUCGUAUAAAAAUAUUUAUGAUAAGCUUAACUUUGAACAUAUGACAGUAAAUCAUUCCGAAUACUUUGUAGAUCCAGAAACCGGAAUCCAUACAAACACUAUUGAAGGAAU